ACAGGGAGGAAAGUCGGUGUUCUUCUUUGUGACUCAUCAAACAUAAUCACCGUAAUCAGGAUCCAACGGAGUAAUUAGUAAACGAAAUCACUUUCCUAAUCAAGCUGAGAGUUACACACUUACACCCCCAGAAAAAGCUCUCCCUUUUACCCUCACCAGCCAUGACAGCGUCGGUCGGAAGUUCCCCUGCCGCCCAUUACUGGAAACUCAGGAAGCUCGCUGCUUCCCUUUUCCGUAGAGGCUUCAACUCCUCCAAAUGCAAAACUGCGGCCAAGAUGGCAGUGGCGAGGAUAAAGCUACUGAGAAACAAAAGAGAGAUGGUGGUUAAGCAAAUGAGGCGUGACAUUGCAAUGCUUCUGCAGUCUGGUCAAGACGCCACUGCUCGUAUCCGGGUAGAACAUGUUUUAAGGGAGCAGAAUAUUUUAGCUGCAAAUGAGGUCAUUGAGCUCUUCUGUGAAUUAGUUGUGGCCAGGGUUACCAUCAUUGCUAAGCAAAGGGAAUGCCCUGCGGAUCUCAAAGAAGGAAUUGCUAGUUUGAUUUUUGCAGCCCCAAGAUGUGCAGAAAUUCCAGAACUACUAGCAAUUAGAAAUAUGUUUGAGAAGAAAUAUGGAAAAGAUUUUGUGUCAGCAGCUACUGAUCUGCGGCCUAAUUGUGGUCUUAUUGACAAGCUCUCGGUUAAGACACCAAGUGGUGAAGUAAAGCUGAAAGUGAUGAAGGAAAUAGCAAAGGAGCACCAGAUAGAAUGGGAUACCACCGAAUCAGAAAAGGAGCUUCUAAAGCCUCCCGAGCAGCUUAUGGAGGGACCGCGUGCUUUUGUUAGUGCAUCCAGAUUACCUGUAAAACCUGCUGAUCCUGCUCUCAGUCAUUCUGUUGACACAAGGAACAGAUCAAGAAGGGGUGAAAAUGGUGACCCCAUGCAUUUUGAAGACACGGCAUCAGCUGCUGAAGCAGCUGCUCAAUCGGCAAAAAUGGCAAUUGCUGCUGCACAAGCUGCUGCUUAUCUGGCCAACAAAAACAACAAUCAGUUUACUCACACAACUGGUUUUGGUAAAAAUCCAAAUGCUUCAAGUACCAAUUAUGGAUUAGGAACCUUUCCUGGGAACUCUGCUGGCGAGUUCUUUGCAACUGAUCCUUCAGUCAAUCCUCAGCAUAUGGAAACCAGAGCCCCUGGGAGGAUGUAUGACUCUCACGGUUUUGAUAGGUCUCGUUGUCCAAGUAACGAGGAAAUGAGGCCUAACAAUGAUUUAGACCGAAAAGUCCCCAGGAGACACAGCUACAAUGCCCCUUCUGUGCAUUCAGAUGUUAAGUUUGAUGAAUCAGAUUGUGAUGAAGAUAUAGAAGUUGAAGAAGGUGCUCCACGCCGCUUUAGUCUUCCACCUGAGCGGUCUCCACCACCAGUUCAUUUCUCUCAAGUGAAGCAGGCCCCUGUCCAUCGUGUUCAUCCCAAAUUGCCUGAUUAUGAUGAUCUGGCGGCACACUUUGAAGCUCUCAAGCAGCACAGAGCAAGAACCUAAGACCAUCAAAUACCUUCAAAAACUGGUCUUUGAGUUUAUAUACUUGGUAAUUUGGUAUACGUAUUCCGUACUUGAAAUAUUCAUUUUGCAUUUUACCAAUUUUCCUUGAAUCGUAUUGUACACCUUGUGGAGAUAUCUCCAAUUUUCUCAAAGUUUUGAUGUUAUAUAAUAACAGAAACCUUCCUAC